GACCAUAAGUUCAAUACAUAGCACGUUUUCAUGAUUCCGCUAAGCUAGUUGUAGAUGCUGCACAAAGCUGGGUUGAUGUGAACAACGUUUUCGUAGAUUAAUUUAGAAUGCAAUUGUAAUUGUUUAUGUUGAAUUUUGAUAGGGAAUUAACAUACACGAUUACGUGACAAAAUGUUACAGUCUGUUCUGAAAUCUGUAUUUGGCUAUGAUGAUUUCAAAAGCGACAUUCAAAAACGAGCAACCACUGCUGUUUACAAAGGUAAAGACGAUGUCUUUGUGUGUAUGCCAACCGGUGGUGGUAAAUCACUGUGUUUCCAAUUACCAGCAGUAAUGAAAGAGAAUAAAGUAACAAUUGUUUUCUCGCCGCUGUUGGCUCUUAUGAAGAAUCAGAUAGAUUUUCUAGUUAGUAAAAAGAUCAAUGCAAGCUCAUUAAAUUCAACUACAUCGACCAAAGAAAGGAAUGUAAUUAUUAAAGAUAUAUCAUCUAAUUCACCGAAAACUAAAUUGUUAUAUGUUACACCCGAAAUGGGAGCACAGCAACACUUUCAAGAUAUGGUGGUGAAACUGAGAAAAUCUAAAUCACUGGCCUAUUUUGUCAUUGAUGAAGCUCAUUGUUUAAGUCAAUGGGGUCACGAUUUUAGACCCAGUUACAGGCAGUUGGGCACAUUUAAAAAAUUGUGCCCCAAUAUUCCUAUUAUCGCGUUAACAGCUACUGCUGCAAAAGAGGUGAAAGAUGAUAUACUUCAAAGCUUGAACAUGAAGAAUCCCCAGAUAUUCUCAGUGCCUGUGUUUCGACCUAAUCUCUACUACGAUGUGUGGUUUUUGGAAAGCUUGGACAAACCGUUCGACCACCUGAAAAGUUUUAUUUUGAAGGCUCUCGGUACGCAGGAUCCAUCCACUUCGAAAGUAAAGAGAAAUUGUGGCAUUAUAUAUUGUAGAAAGAAAGAAGCAACCGAAGUGAUUGCACAUAAACUGUCUAAUUCUGGCAUAUCCACUCUAGCAUAUCAUGCUGGUUUAAAGAAUUCGGAGCGUAACGAGGCUCAAAAUAAAUGGACAUCCGGCGAAGUGCCUGUAAUCGCAGCAACCUGCAGUUUCGGCAUGGGCGUAGACAAAGGGUCUGUCAGGUUCGUCGUGCAUUGGACAGUCCCCCAGAAUAUAGCAGCGUACUAUCAAGAAUCUGGCAGAGCGGGCAGAGAUGGGAAACCGGCGUUCUGCAGAGUUUAUUUCAGUAACGAAGAAUACGGGCCGAUCGCGUUUCUUAUCAAAGAGGAAAUCACGCAGAAGAACACCGACCUGGUGAAACUGAGAUGGAAAAAUUUCGAGAAAACCGUUUCCUAUUGUCUCGAAGUGAAAUGUAGACACGCGGUCUUCUCGAAAUAUUUCGGCGACAGUCCGCCGCCGUGCAAAAACAGAUGCGACGUUUGCGAAAACAAGGACGCCGUUCAAGCGAAGGUUUCGCAAUUCGAGAUGGCACAGACCAGACGAAAGAGCAGCUGCGCCAGCCGUUUGGACGGUAUUGCUUUACCGAAGUACGAUGUGGAAGAGGAAGGCAAAGGAAGAGAAAUUUCGCGAGACCAAUUGUUAGCCGAGAGCAGACGCGAGACGAAGGAACUGUUUGAGAAACAGUUCGCUAUUCGAAGAAUUAAGAAAGAAAAAGAGGUAAAAACGCAAGAUCUCGAAGGCGUUCACGUGUGCGCGGCCGAGAGCACCGACGUAAAAAUCAAAGGACUGACCGUUCAACUCCGGGAGUAUUAUUACGUUCAGCUAAAAUCAGCGUUGGCGGACAAUUACGAGAAAAUGUCCGCUGCGAUGAACAGACGGCUGCGAGAGAAAGACUUCCACGAUAUAGCGUAUGAUCUCGAGUACAAAGGGCUGUGCAACACCAUAGUCGCGAACAAAUACAAGUUCAACAUGUCGAAACUGAUAUCGUCCGUGCGAAAGUGCACCGCCGCAAAUACCCUGCACGAGCAUCUGCUCGGCUACAAAUCGUGUCACGAGCGAUCCGCGAGCUCGGAGCGUUCCGACGAGCGAGUAGAAUGUAGCGGCAGCUUAGAUGACGGAGCGGAGAACGCCGCAGACAAACGUUUCGAUAAAUGUGGUCGUGUUCCAUCGGAAGAGCCGAGCGCCGCAAGCAAGAAUAUUUUGUACCCUACGUUUAAGACCGCCUUAGAGAUGAAAAAGGACGCGAGCGUCGUCGCGAAAGUGUCGUCCAGUAAUAGCAAAAAAUAUUUAUUUACCGCGAAUUUCCUGAAAGACGACGACGAUAACGAAAACGGCGCCGAGGACGUUAAAAGUAACGGGACGAAAGCGAGUAAAAAUCCUGUUUGUCGCAGCGAGAGCACGGACGUUGAAACCGUUGAGGGAAGCAAGAACGCGGACGCUCGAACAUUCAACGGUUUCACGUGCGCUAGGAAGCUCCACGAGGAGAGCAAGGUCCAGGAGAACAGAGUUCAGGAGAAAAAGUCACGGAGGUGUUCGCAGGACGCGAGGAAAGAAUCGAGGAACAGAAAAGCGCCGCGAGCGGCUGACAGCGUCUACGAGCAGAUCUUAAAAUUCGCCAGAUCGUCGUCGAAUAGCGAGCCGACAGCGGACGCAGAUUGCAACGAGUCGACCGCGACAAACGAAAAGACCAGCGACGACGCGACGAGAUCAAGCUUUCAUAAAAGGCGGAAAAAUGCGGACUCGUUCGAGAACGUCGUGGACGGUCGAUCGAGCAAAAGAGCGAAGGGCGACGAUGAGACGAAUAUCGCUGCGAACGAGGGAAAAGGCGAAGCGGUCAAAAACGGCGGUGAUUUAUUGGGGACGAGAGACAAGCCGGAGAAGGUGAGCGAUUUAACGGACGAGAGUUCGGAUAGGAGAAGGUCGACCCGCGAUGAGAAACGUCAGAAGUCGAGCCGUGCGAGACACGCGUCCAAAAAGGAUAAAGUUAUGGUGCCCGCUGAUAAGGCGAUGCAAUUCAAAACUGCGGAGAUCCUGAAGUCGUACUUGAUGAAAUAUUAUCCAUCCGAGCGUAUCCCGGACAGGACGACGUUUUCGAAAACUUGCCGAGAAAUGCAUUACACGUUGCUGACGCAGAAAAUAUUGGAUGAAGCGGGGAUACAUCGUUUUGUUAAAAAGUCUAUGUCUCAGGAUUGAGCGUCGACAUAGGAUUGUACAUACUGGAGUCACAGCGGAUACUGGGCAACAAAUUCAUUAUUUAUGUAUUGCAUUUAUACCAUAGAGUGCGUAAAUAUUUGUCUGUAUAUACGCGACCGAUGUCCAUUAAUUAUACAAUCUUGAUGGAAUAAAACGUGCAGCAACAUACGAAUCUUCAAGAAUGCGUCGAUUUUGUGCUAUAGUUUACCGCGGGAUUUGGGAAAAUCUCAGAUGAUUUGAUAGGAAAUAGUUAACACUCUAAAAUAUUUACUGAAGUAAAUACUGUUUGGAAAUACAAUUUUAUUCAAUGCUUGAAGGAAAUACUAUUUGGAGAUACAAUUCUAUUUAAUACUUGAAUGAAAUACUAUUUGGAGAUACAAUUUUAUUUAAUGCUUGAAUUGAAUACUAUUUGUGGAGAUACAAUUCUAUUUAAUACUUGAAUAAAAUACUAUUUAGAGAUACUGUUUCAUUUAAUGCUUGAAUUGAAUACUAUUUGAAGAUACAAUUCUAUUUAAUAUUUGAAUGGAAUACUAUUUGAAAAUACAAUUUUAUUUAAUACUCGAAUGAAAUACUAUUUGGAGAGUGUGCAAAAUCAGGAGAAAAUUAUCACUGACAUUUCGAUUCAAGUAUAGAAAAUAAUCAAAUGAAAAUAAAAACUCGCUAUCUUCUAUUCGAAUAGAUAUUUCUUGCAAAUAUUUCUCAACGCAGGUGUUCUACGUUUAUAUGCAUUUCUUGCAUUGUGUUGCAGUAGUAUAUGAUACCAUAAAAAGCUGAAGAAACAAAUACCUCUUAUUUGGAAUACUAUCAGUUGCAACACCAUUAUUCUAAAUAUCGUUCCAUGAAAUAUUACUAUUCGAUGAAAUGCUAUUUUCCUAUAUUUCAAUGAGAUACUUAUUUCACAAUACGUACUAUUCUCAUGUGCAACUACGUAAAUGAGAAAAUAAAUAUAUUUAUAGUACAUACUA